AUGACUGCUGGCCAGUGGUCUAAUAGCCUCAAGCCUGAUCACUGUCCGCAUUACAUUCUCUACGCCAUUGCCGCGGAAAUGCUUGUGGGCCCCGGAAUCACUACUGCAGAAUCUGAAGGGUCUGUGAAGAGUACUAGUCCAGGUAAGGCAUCAGAACAGGGAAGCACCAGUCAAGCUGCACGCAAGCGUUCUACUGCGACCAGUCGCACUUUAUCUUUUUCCGGUACAUUAUUUAGCUCAGUAUCUACUGAGAGUACUCGAAAAACAUCAAACGCCUCAUCUUUACAGACAGAUUUCGUGCCAAUCUCAGAUAUAUGCUCCUCGCUUCGAAAUAUUCGGACCGACCAAACGAGCAUAGGUGUGUUGAGCGAUAAAGAUGGACGAUACCAUAUUCUGCGAUCAGUGGUUCACGAGGCACUCCCUAUUUCCGAUUCCCCUCAACUAGCCACUCUGGACUCUUUGUUCAGAAACUUUAAAGAUACCUCACCGGCGGUGAGUACACCAGCUUCAGUUAGUCAAUUUUCCCGCCAUCGACGACUCAGCAUCGCCUUAAUCCUUGCUCGGGCAUUAUUACAACUAAGUCCUGGUCCGUGGCUAAGCCAUGACUGGAGCAAAAAGGAUAUUCGUUUUCUGAGACGGUUGAGUGGUACGAUCGAAAUGAAUUUCCCUUUGUGUACUUAUCCUGGAGCUCUGGUUUGGAAAAAAAAUAUCGAGUCUUUGCCUUUUCAUGGUCUCUAUCUUGGCCCUGAUGGGGCAGAGACCGAGUUCACGCGAUUUAACACCGCUCAGAAAUGGCAAGAGCAAACCCUUGAGGACGGUGGUAUCGAUUUGCACAACAUUACACGACGAUGUAUCCUUUGUGCCUUUGAAGCCUUGAGUCAAGAUCUGCGAGAUGACGGGUUGCUCCGUACGAUAUAUGAUGAUGUGGUCAAGGGUUUAGAAAAGAUUGUUUCUCAAUACGAAGACUCGGAUUACUAG